CGUAACCCUAUUUUUGAUGUAUCUACUAUAACUAUAAAAAAAACCAAACUGCCCUCUUUUAGAUAAGGUCAAACUGUCAAAGUAUGCUUUAACCCCAAUCCCGCGUCGCCCACCUCUACAUGCAUGUGUUACAGACGUGUAUAAAACACACACAUAUGGACAUAGUUGGUUGCACCUAUUCUUCGUAUUCGAAAUACAAUUAAUCAUCUACUUAAAAUAAUCCACAGCCUAAAAUUAAUUGCGUAAUUACGCUAGCUAUAAACGCACAUCGACAUGAGCAACUACGCCGAGAACAAAGUGUAUCCGCCACCAGCCACCGGGUAUCCGUCAGAACCGCGGGGUAGUUACAUGGUUCGGCCGCCUCCAGUUGGUUAUCCGAUGAAAGACGGGAACCAGAGCCAGGCGCCGGCUACGGCCACCACCACCACCCAGGCAAGAGGGGAUGGUUUCUGGAAAGGAUGUUUUGCUGCCCUUUGCUGUUGCUGUUUGUGUGAGGCUUGUUUUUGAGGACAUUAUUGAUCGAUAUUCUUCCUAUACCUUUGCUAAACGUUCCAAAUCCAAUGUAUAUUGGGAAAGUUCUUUCCUAAUUUGUGUAAUAUAACUAUAGUGUGUAAUAAAAUACUGUCCGUUUGAUUUUAGUAUUGUUUGUUCAUCUUUACAUUUAUCUUUUAUCGUUACACGUACUUUAAUUUGUAUUAUCAUAGUUUUCAGAGCCGAAAUGGGGAUCGAAU